GACAGUUGGAAAAGGAGACAAGAGAGGAUCCUAUAUUUAGACAUCACUUAGAACUCAUCUCUUCACAAGUGUCUGAAUCUCCACAUCAUCAUCACUUCUUUUCUAUCCUCCACGACAUUUGAUUCACCAGAUUGUGUUCGCAGGGAACUUCAUUGCAAAUGGGAAAGAGGAGAACGUCCUGGUUCGGUUGGAUAAAACGGUUAUUCAUCUGCGAGGCCAAAGCAAAAUCAGAGAAGAAGCCAAGGAGAUUGAGAUGGGUGUUUAGAAGACUAAAGCUGAGACAUCAGAUUGCAACUCCAAUGCAAGAGACGAGGACACUGAACAAAGCAACAGAGGAUCAGAGAAAACACGCCAUGAACGUAGCCAUUGCCACAGCUGCAGCAGCCGAGGCGGCGGUUGCAGCCGCCAAGGCAGCUGCUGAGGUUGUCCGGAUGGCGGAAAACGCCUUCACGUCACAACAUUUUGUCAAGAAGAGUAGUGAUACCAAUUUGGCAGCUAUCAAGAUUCAGAGUGCCUUCAGAGCUUAUCUGGCUAGAAAGGCGUUGCGGGCACUGAAGGCACUUGUAAGGCUUCAAGCAAUUGUCCGUGGCCGAGCUGUUAGGAGAAAAGUUUCUUCUAACAAAGCUUCAACAUCAAGCCUCAUCCAGAGGAAACACUUGUCUAAGACCAAAACUGAGAUCAAAGAAGAACUUAAGAUACCAAAACGUACCAUGUGUAACGGUCAGAGUGGUUGGGACAGUAGCGCACUCACGAAGGAAGACAUAAAAGCCAUAUGGUUGAGGAAGCAAGAAGGUGUGGUCAAGCGUGAGCGUAUGUUGAAAUACUCCCGGUCACACCGCGAGAGAAGAAGUCCUCACAUGCUUUUGGAGUCAUUGUACACAAAAGACAUGGGGAUGAGAAGCUGUAGGCUUGAACAUUGGGGUGAAUCCAAGUCUGAAAUGGUUGUCCCCACAAAAGUAAAGCUUAGAAGUUUACAGAGACAAGACUCUGGUGAUGGUGGACAAGACUCUCCGUUCUCUUUCCCGAGGAGAUCUUUCAGCCGUCUUGAGCAGAGUCUACUGGAGGAAGAGAGCUGGUUCCAAAGUGGCUUUCAGCCUUGCAUGAGCGUGACAGAGACUGCAAAGGAGAAGUUUAGAUCGCUGAGCACACCGAGGCAACGUGCAGGGGUCAUGGAGUCUUGGCUCGAUGAUAAUAAGAAGGGUGGUGGGGAUAAAGUAUCUCUGUGGUCUUCCUUUGUCAGCGAAGCUAGUAAGAUGAGUAGCUCUAAGAAGUCUUCUCUGGCCACAACUCAACAUUGUUGUUAGAAAAUCAUAUGACACUUUUCUCUGUUUUUUUUUUGUCUUUUUCUGGUGCUUAUUAAAUCUUAUAGAAAUAUAUUUCUGAAGAGGGUUAUGUUUUGAGGGUUUGGUGUCUGCUUCUGUGUUAUUUAUCAGUGUGAUUCUUUUGUUUAACUGUUGAUUAAGAAGUCUCUUUACAAGUUAAAAGGAAGGAACACGUACUGAUAGA